AUGGAUGCUAGCUCUGGUGCGGGCAUCUUCAGCACUAAACUAGUUCCUUGGUUAAAAGAAUAUUUAAAACAAAGAGGCAUUCAAAGCUCGGGAAAGCGCAAGAAUGAACUAGUAGAACUUUGUGUAAAAAGUGAGGAGAUAAAAGUCCCGAAAAUCUCAGAAGAAGAAGAGCCAGUCGAUCCAGCAAUUUCAAUGAAAGAGCAACUGAAAACUAACAAUGAAGGGUACUUGGCCAAUCCGUUGAACAAAGAAAAUCAGGCUUUUGGUAAAUGGACCCACAAUUUUUCGGAAGUACCAGACUUUAGAUUUCCUGAUCUUUUUAAUUAUCUAGUGGGAAAGGAUCCCGGGUAUAACGCCGAAAGCCUAAAAAGUUACAAAUCUCUUCUGGGAUACAAGCUGUACUUCGAUGGACACGUAGAAGACCUUUGUUACCAUCCGCCACAAUCUAGUGCCAGCAGUUACAGUUAUUUUCUGUUUGCUGUAAAGCCAACUGAAAGGUCCAAGGCUGACGAUGGGUCAGCAACAUAUAAGGGUUUUUUUAUUUUAAAGAAGGAUGGAAUUGUGCAUUCAGCCUACUGCCCAUGCAAAGGAGGGGCAGAUGGAGGUUGUCGCCACAUAGCUGCAGCACUGUUUGAUCUGGAAGCAAGCGUACGAUUCAAUGAUCUCCAGUCAUGUACAUCAAGACAAUGCAUGUGGAAAAAGAAAGGAAAGAGAAAUGAGGGAAGUUUGCCUAUUCAGGAGCUACAAACAAAUAGUGGUGGCUAUGGUGUGACAGUAAAAGACUCUGCAAAGCCAAGAGAUUUUAAUCCACUUUGUAUUCCUUAUGACCCAGCUGAAUUAGAACAACAGUUCAAAGCUGGGUUGCUGGAAACAUUCCCAGGUUCUUCAGCUCUCCCUUUCUUACAUUCAGCUGAAGAACCAGGGCAAACAGAGGAAGAAAUCAGGGCUUUGAUAAGUGAUGAUUUAAAUGUCAGUAAACAAGAAAGUGUUCAAAGUGUUGAUGUUUAUUCAAUGAGUGAUUACGCUAAAGUGUUUGUUUCUGUUAAUAUUGAAAAAGUGACACCUACAGUCUCUACAGAACUUGCAACUGAGUUCCUUGAGUUUAUUUCAUUUAAUGAAGAGCAAGCAGAAAUGAUCAACAAAAAGACUGUCAAUCAAUCCCAGUCCCAAUUUUGGUUUGAUCAAAGGGCAGGAAGAAUUACAGCUUCCUCAUUUUACAUCGUGUGCCACCUCAGAGAGAGCACAGACAAGAGAAACACUGUGAAGCAUCUUAUGAAUUACUGUCCAAUUGCUGAAGAUGCAAUGCCAAAACAGUUAACAUGGGGUCAUGAAAAGGAAAAGAAAGCACUUGAUCUCUACAUUAAAAAACAAAAGAGAAACCAUGAGAAGUUGUCAAUAAAAAACGGUGGACUAAUAGUAAACACACUAUGGCCCUUCUUGGGAGCCAGUCCUGAUGGUGUCAGGAUUUGUGAGUGCUGUCAGAAGAAGUUAAUUGAAAUUAAGAGCAUGUAUGCAAAAAGAAAUCUCCCUCCACAGGUUGCAGCUGAGGAGAAGCUCGUGUUUGUUGGUGACAAAUAUAUACUAAAAAAAGAAACAAAAUGGAACUAUCAAAUUCAGGGUCUGAUGGGAAUAACAGGGAUUCAUUGCUGUGAUCUAGUUAUUUAUACCUUAACAUUGAUUGUUAAUGUCAAGUUUGACAGUGAGUUGUGGAACGAAAUGCUUGAGAAGCUGAGAAACUUUUUCUUAAAGUACAUAGUUCAGGAACUCUUUCACCAUGACAUACUUAAAUCAUUAUAAGGGACUAUCAUUGGUGGUGAAUGCUGAUGCUCAAUGCUGGAUAAUUCCUCAGUGGGUCUAAAGAAGAUUUUUGAUAUGUGUUAUUAACCAUUAACAUAAACUGACUGGUAAUUGUUCAAAGUUACAAACUUAUUGUGCUUCUCAGCUCACAAGGCAGCAGUAGUUAUUUAGCCAGGGGUGGUAGCAAAUUGCACAGAGCAGCACACACACUAAAAAUGUUGUCAGCAAUGGGCAGCAUUGGAACAAGAAAGUUCCCUUGUAGAAUUCUAAAGUCCUUAAGUCGUCCAAUGGCACGUUCUACAUGGAUCUGAACACUGGCAAUGGCACGGGUAGAUUUUACUGCCUUCUUAGACAGUUGCUUUCCUGAGUAAAAAAAGAUAUUUCAAAUUAAGUAAAUGCCAACUUGAGAAGCUACUGAUAGAGAAGUACUUGCUGUUUUUCAGUCAAAGCUGUUUAUGUUAAAUAUCAAAGCACCUAGAAAAGAGAUCACAUAUGAUGGGAACUGCAGCCUUUAUAAACAUA